AUGCUAAUUUUCUUUCAAUUACAAAUUGUUAUUGCUUAAUGGACAGUUUAUUAUAGCUACUUUCAUCAGGCUUCUUUGCUUUAUUGUUCAGAUAAUAAAUGCCCAUUUGGAUUUAAGUAAAAUUAGAGUACAAAAAGUGCCCUCUAUAAAAAUUGUACUAAUCCAACAGGAACAGCUUUAAUUUUAUAAGAUUCAUAAAUGACAACUGUUUCAAAUUACUAAUAUUAUAGUUAGAAUCGUUAUUCAUAUAAUCAUACAAUUGUAUUUGACGUCUACUAUAUUACAUAAUGGAAUAAUGACGCACUGAUAUUUGAAUACGAAAAUUAAGCUUAUUAAUUUAUCUAUUCUACAUAGAAUCCAUUAUAAUUUGAAAAUGGGGCAUGCAAUUCUGACCAACACGAAGUAAGAACAUAUCAAAUAUCUCUUCCUUAUACCACUUAAUAUACUGAUAUAAAGUUCAGUAUAAUCAAUUAGUAGACAAAAGCAUUAAUUAAAAAUAUCCAUUUUUCAUAUAUUUCCUGUCAUCCUACUUGCUAAACAUGUACAGGAGAUGCCUAUAAUUAGUGUACAACAUGUUUUUCAAAUGUAAGUCUAUAAAAUGGAAUUUGUCGAUGUCCAAAAGGAAAAUCGUUAUUUAGUGGAAGAUGUUUAGAUUAUUGUAUCUUUGGGUCUACAGAUAGAAGGAAAAGGUAUUGUAAAUAUUAUUAACCAUCUUAUUUCUUGUAUUUGUAUUAAUUCAAUUUCUAAUAUUCUCAAUUAAUAAGGUGGGAUAUUAUUUAUGAUCCAAGAUAUUUGAAUCAUGAAAAUAAAAAAAACUCCCCAUUUUUUGGAAUUUUUAAAUAUUAUGAAGGAGCAAGCACUAUAGUUAAUACUACAUAUUUUGUAUAUCCAUUAGGAGUGUAUUUGUAUAUUUAUAUGUGUAAUGCAACUCCAAUAAAUUCAGGAAUUUCUAUAUAUUUAAAUGAUACCUACUAUUCUUCAAUAUACUAUGAUGGAACAUAAUAUAUUGGGAAUAACCUUAAUGUUUAUUAUACAUCUAACACAGUAUUAAGUGGUUGCUAAACUGCAAAAUAUAUAUAAUUAUACACUAAUCUUUAUGUAGAAUAAGGAGGCUUCACUUUUUCAAUUAAAGGAAACUUUACGUAAAGAUUAUUUAUUUAAAUUUAGAUCUGGUAAUUCUGGAUGGUUUUUGCCUUACAUUUUAAUGAGUAGUGCACACUGUCCACCUUAUUGUUUAAAAUGUGAGUAAGAUUAUACUUGUUCAUAAUGUGUGACUGGGUAUAAAAUAGUAUCUGAAGGAAACUGUGUAAGAUUAUGUCCAAAAACUUCAAUACUUUAGAAUAAUAUUUGCAUCAAAUAUGAUUAAGUGACUAAAUGUAAACAUAAUCCAAUAAUAUUAGACUCAAAAUAUUUUAUAUAACAAUUCUAUGAUUUUACAGUUCCUAAUAAUAUAAAGUCUUCUUUUGUUUUAGAAUCUUAUACAAGUAAAGACUUUUAAAAAGGUGAUGAAAUCUAUUGGUCAUAUAUUGAAAAAAAUGUUGUUUAUGGAGGGAAAUAUGUUUGGGCCACAGCCAGAUUUUCCUAAAUAUAUACUAUUAAUUCAGCAUACCAUUCAUUGACUAUAUAUUUUGACGCUGUAUUUGGAUGCAAUUUUGAUGGUGUUUUAGGAUAUUUGGGAUAUUCAGUAAAUAAUUAAACUGAACAAUAAGUCACUAUGAAUUCUACAAUAAGUAUUAAUGUUCCAACUCCUUCGCCUACUUUAUCAAUUUCAUUUUAAUGUUAUGGACCAUCUAACAAUGUUCUAGAUUAAUAUUGUGCAAUCUCACAUUAUUAUAUUGUAGUUCAUUAUUGUAGUCCCUAUUGCCUUUAGUGUUUAGAUGAAGAUAAUUGUUAAAUAAUGGAUACUUUUGAUGCAUCAGUAGUAAUACUUAAUCCAUCAUAAUGCAGUUCUACUUAGUAUUAUGAUGAUGAAUAUUUAAAAUGUGAAGAAUGUCCUUAAGAAUGUGAAACUUGUCUUAAUGAAUUUGAAUGUCUAACUUGUAAAUAUCCUUAUUAAAUUUUCAUUACAAAGUGUCUAUUAUAAUGUUAAAUAAAUGAGUAUUUUGAUGAAUAGAAUUAGAUCUGUGAUUGUAAUAAGUUUAUAUUAUAUAUUAGAAUGCAAUCCUAAAUGCAAACAAUGCAAAUUGAAAAAUGAAUGCAUUCAUUGUGAGUAAUCUAAAUUUAGAUAUCUAUUUUAUGAUUAAUGCUUAUGUUAUGAUGGUUAUUAUGAUGAUAAUAUUAAUAUUGAAUGUUAAGUAUGUAAUGUUUUAUGUACUAAAUGUUUUGGACCAUCAAAUAUGGAUUGUCAUGAAUGCAUCAUUUUAGAUAAAGUUGAAAAAAUAGGUAAUACUUGUAAUUGUGUAAAUGGAUAUUAUUUUGAUAAAUCUAAUUAAACAUGUAUGCAAUGCCACCAAAAAUGUUCAAAUUGUUUUUUAUCCUCUGAAGACUCUUGUUUAACUUGCAAUAAUUUUGAAAAUAGAAUAUUAAAUGGACUUAAUUGUUCUUGUUAAACUGGAUAUUUUGAAUUAAAUGAUAUUUGUGUCUCAUGUCCAAACAUUGAAGAUUCAAAUCUGUAUAAAUGUUAUAAAUAAUGUGGUGAUAAUUCUAUAAUUUGGUUUAAUUAAGUUUGCUAACCCUUUUCAUGUUUAACUGGAUUUACAAAUUAAAACAAUUAAUGUAUUCCUAUAUGUGGAGAUCUAAUUAAGAAUGGGGAUGAAGAAUGUGAUGAUGGUAAUAAUAUUUUAGAUGAUGGAUGUUAUAAUUGUAGAUAUUAAUGUCCAAAAUAAUGUUUGACUUGUAAUGAAUUUACAAUUUUACCUUGUUUAAAUGUAUGUGGUGAUGGAAUCAUAAGUGGAACAGAAGAAUGUGAUGAUGGUAAUUUGAUAUAAUUUGAUGGGUGUUAUGAAUGUAAACUUGAAUGUUAAACCUAAUGUACAUAAUGCAUGAGAGGGUUAUGCUAUUAAUGUCAGACUUAUGGUUGGAUUGUUGACAUUGAUACAAAAACUUGUGUAGAAAAUUGUGGUGAUUCUAUUGUUGUUGGAUAAGAAUAAUGUGAUGAUGGAUAAGAUAUUGAUUAAAAUGAUGGAUGUUAUUAGUGUAAGAAUGUAUGUAGAAAUGAUUGUUUAAAAUGCAGUUCUGAUGGUUCAAAAUGUCUAGAAUGUAAAGUAGUGGGAUUUCAACCUGUUAGUUUUUUUUGUAGAAAUAUAUGUAGGGAUGGUUAUUUAGCAAUUGAUCCUUUUAAUAGAAAUUCAGAAGAAUGUGAUGAUUUUAAUUCAAUCAAUUAUGAUGGUUGUAGCAAUGCGUGUAAAUUCUAAUGUUAAACUACUAUCUGCAAGACUUGUGUAAAUAAUAAAUGUCUUGAAUGCAUUGAUAAUUAUUA